AUGGGUAUUAAACACCUCUUCCAGCUCAUUCAAGAGCAUGCGCCUGGUGCCGUCAAGACAGGUGAGAUCAAGAACCAAUUCGGUCGCAAAGUCGCUAUCGUACGAUGCGUACGCAUAACUCGGAUCGUACACUACACGUCCAAUCUGACCCUAUUCAGGUCCAUGAGCAUAUACAGUUUCCUCAUCGCCGUACGAUCUGAUGGCCAGCAACUCAUGAGCGACACUGGCGAAACCACAUCGCAUCUCAUGGGUCUUUUCUACCGCACACUCCGCAUGGUCGACAAUGGCAUCAAGCCCCUCUACGUCUUCGAUGGCGCCCCGCCAAAGCUCAAGUCCGGCGAGCUCGCAAAACGAUUCCAGCGCAAGACAGAGGCGCAGGCCGGUAUGGAGGAAGCAAAGGAGACAGGCACAGCAGAAGAUGUAGAGAAGUUCUCGCGACGGACAGUCAGAGUUACGAGGGAGCACAAUGCGGAAUGUCAGCAGUUGCUCAAGCUUAUGGGCAUUCCGUUCAUCAUUGCGCCAACAGAAGCUGAGGCACAAUGCGCGGUGCUUGCGAGAGGAGGCAAGGUCUACGCUGCUGCAUCAGAAGAUAUGGACACACUGACCUUUGAUUCACCCAUCUUGCUGAGGCAUCUCACGUUCAGUGAGCAGCGCAAGGAGCCCAUUCUUGAGAUUCAUCUGGACAAGGUGCUCGAGGGUCUAGACAUGGAGCGCAAGCAGUUCAUAGAUCUCUGCAUCUUGCUCGGCUGCGAUUACCUCGACCCCAUCAAGGGUAUCGGCCCCAGCACCGCCCUCAAGAUGAUCCGCGACCACAAAGACCUCGAAGGUGUCGUCGAGCACAUCAAGAAGAACACCAAGCUCACAAUCCCCGAGGACUGGCCCUUCGCUGAUGCACGCACACUAUUCCUCGAACCGGACGUACGACCCGCUGAUGCGCCCGAAUGCGACUUCAGGUGGGAAGCACCCGAUGUCGAGGGACUCGUCAAGUUCCUGGUCGAGGAGAAGCACUUCAACGAAGACAGAGUGCGCAACGGCGCGGCGAAGCUGAACAAGAACAUGAAGACUGCACAACAGAGCAGACUAGAGGGUUUCUUCAAGCCGGUUGAGAAGACUGCCGAGGAGAAGGCGAGUCUGAAGCGUAAGGCAGAUGAGAAGCUAGAGGCGAAGAAGAAGAAGCAGAAGGAGGAUGCAAAGGCGAAGAAGCAGGCUAAGGCCAAGCCUAAAGGUGCUGCUUGAGCUGUGAGUGCUGCUCAAUCGACUGGUCAUGAUUCUAUAGUUACACUUCUCUCACGGAUGCGAUGAUGAGAUUGAUAGUUGGCGUUCCAAGGGGUUCACGCUCUAUGCUGCGCUAGACGACUAGCUGGUGUGUAAAGAAGGCGCACCGCAGCACUGCUUCACAGUAUAGAGGAAAAGAAGUCGUCUGCC